AUGGCCACCGUCAGGGGUGUGGCGGUCUCUGACCGGCACCCCUACUUGUUUAGUGCCUCGGAGGACUGCGAGGUGAAAUGCUGGGACCUAGAACAGAACAUGGUGAUCAGAAACUAUCACGGACAUCUGAGUGGUGUCUAUUGCCUUUGUCUUCACCCCACCCUCAAUAUCCUUGCCACUGGCGGACGGGACUCUUCGGUCCGCAUCUGGGACAUGCGGACGAAGAUGGGGAUCUUCGUCUUCGGAGGGCACACCAAUGCAAUAUGCUCGCUCGUGUCGCAGGCGUCCGAGCCGCAGUUUAUCAGUGGCUCUAUGGACCGUAUGGUUCGCCUGUGGGAUCUUGCCGCUGGCAAGUGCUCCGUCACCCUGACAAAUCACAAAAAGAGCAUCCGUGCCUUAGCCAUCCACCCGCUGGAGUACACCUUCGUGUCGAGCUCGUCCGACCACAACAAGGUGUGGAAGUGCCCCAGGGGGCAGUUCGAGCGAAACAUCGAUGGCCACAAUGCAAUUGUGAACGGGUGCUGCAUCCGCGAGGCGGAAAAGGGCUCCUCGAUCUUGAUCAACGGCACAGACAGUGGCCACCUCCACUUCUGGGAUUGGGCCAGCGGCCACAAGUUCCAGAGCAUUGAAGGCAAACCUCAGCCGGGCAGCAUGAGCGCCGAGAACGGGAUCUUCGCCACGACCCUGGACCAGAGUGGCUCGCGGCUCAUCACCGCAGAGUGUGACAAGACGAUCAAGAUUUACCGUGAGGACCCCAACGCCACUCCGGAUAGCCACCCGCUCAACUGGAAGGCACCGGCGAUGAACGCGGCGCACCGAUAUUGA